ACAUAGCAAAUUAAAGACUUAUAAUGGUCAUCUUACAUCUAUUCCUUUGGCUUCAGCUUCCUCUUGAAGGUUCCAAUAUAUACGUAUAUCAAAUCCUCGAUCAAUCCUCCGAUAUUCUCUCCAUCAACCCUAACAAGCCUCCUUCCCACGCAACCGGCAAGAAGCCAAGAGAAAAAGCGGCUCACGGCGAGCACAAAAUGAUGAGCAACGGAGGCAGAUGCAGUUGGUGGAGCACCGCCACUGCAACUGAGUUGGGCAGCGAAGCAAAACCGCAUCUCCAGUCCUGUGAUGAGUCUUCAGGAUCAGCUUGUGGCAGCUCCAUCACCUUCCAAGAAGUCGCCCCUCAUUCUUUCAUCGAUUCCUCCAUCUCCUGGACGCAAGCCUUACUGAAUGGCGAAAGGCCUGAGACUUUUCUCUCCAUGCUUCAAGAUCAAGAACUGGGUUCGAGAGCUUGCAUCGAGAAGCAGGAUUCUCCCAUGGUUUCUGCCAUGGACCAUAAUUUUUUGUUCCAACACUAUAGUUCCAGCCCUGGUGAUGAAUCGAUUCAUCACAGCAGUAUGAAUCCAAUUAGCUCUUAUGGAUCAUGGCCUAAGCCUCUUCUAAGCCAAGAGGUAAAUAACCAGUUGCAGUUCAUCGCCGGCAACACUUCUCCAUGGUGUAAUAUUAACACUACAACCGGUGCUGAUCAUGGCAACUCGAUCUUCCAUCCUCCAACUCUAGCUUCCAAAACUACUACUUGUGGCCGCAAGAUGGUCAGUUCAGCAACUCAUGACGCAUGCUCUUCUUCCUCCGCCAAGAAAACUGGAGGCGAUCAGAAAAGGCCGCGCGUGGAGGCGGCUUCUUCUUCGCCAUUACCGCCCUUUAAGUCUUUUAACAUGAAGGUGAGGAAGGAGAAGUUGGGGGACAGAGUCACUGCCCUUCAGCAACUAGUUUCACCUUUUGGAAAGACUGACACUGCAUCAGUUCUCCAAGAAGCCAUCGAUUACAUCAAGUUCCUCCAUGAUCAAGUCGGCGUUCUAAGUAGUCCCUACUUCAAAGAUGGGCUUCCCAGUAACCAUAAGCAGGUGCCAAACUUAAUGCAGAUGAUCAACGAGCAGCAGCCGGAAAACCGCGAUGCCGCGAAGCAGCUAGCUGACCUGAGAAGCCGAGGGCUGUGCUUGGUUCCGAUCAGCGGCACGUACCCGGUGGCCGGCGAGACUGCCGGUGAUUUCUGGCACCCUAGUGCAGCUUUGUUCGGAGGAAGUUUCAGAUAGAGCAUGCAUGCCAGCAAGAGCUGAAGCAGAUGGAACUGAUUAAGAUAGCAUUAGUUAAUAGUUAACCGUGUUUAAGUUGAUCAUUUGUAGACGAUGAAGAACUAAAUUUGUAAUGAAAAAUGGGAACAGGUGCUAAAUUUGGCUGGAAAGUCGACUGAUUGCUGAAUUUAGCAGCUGAAGGGAGAUGAGGGAGGAGGAAAUGGGUGGGCUGCUGUUCCUGUUUUUGAAUUUGAUGCAGUGAGUGGGUGGCGCAGACCAGACACCACUUCAAAUUUAAUAAUGUUAAGGAAUAAUCAAUUGAGCAUA